AUGCCGGCCCACCUGAGCCAGGCUGCGGCCCUCGCGUUCAGCCCCGCCGGGGCGGGGCCCUCCUCGUGGGCGCCGCGCGCGUGCGCCGGCCCCACGCCGGCGCUGUCUCCGGCACGCCGCGUCGGCGCCGUGCAGCUGUGUGCGCCAGAGCCGCCGGCGCGGGAGCGGCGCGGGGAGGACGACGGGGAGGAGGAGGUGCAGCUCCUGAUGGAGCGGAUUCGCAGGCUCGGAAACACCGGCCUCGACAUCCUCCCUCCGAUCCUGCGCGCCGUGCCCGCGACCGCUUCGGUCGUGCUCGCUUCGGUGCAGUGGGCGGGGAAGGCGGCGCAGCACGCGCAGCAGCAGCAACAGCAUCAGCAGCAGCAGCAACAGCAACAGCUGGAGCAGCAGCAGCUGGCGCAGCAGCAGCAGCCGCAGCCGCAGCAGCCGCAGCAGCUGCAGAUGGAGCAGCUGGAGCAGCUGGAGCAGAUGGAGCAGCUGGAGCAGCUGGAGCAGCAGCAUCAGAUGGAUCAGCAGCAGCAGCAGCGAGGGGGCGGGGCGUCGUCUUCCUUCUCCGACGUCACCACCACCGCCGUCCCGCCCUCGCUGCCUCCCCUCGACUACCCUCCCCCUCCUCCGCCGCCUCGCCCUCCCCCCUUCCCCCCCUCCCCGCCUCCCGCCUCCGACGCUUACUCCAUCAUCUCGGCCGGCGCGGGCGGGUACCGAGGCGGAGCGAACGGUGUUAACGGCGCGAAUGGCGCCGGCGGGCUGAAUGGCGCAAACGGCGCCAACGGGCGGGUUGGGGCCAACGGGGCCAACGGGGCGACUGGCGCUAACGGCAUCAUCGGUGCCAACGGUGUUAACGGUGUUAUGGUCCGAGUCGACGGCCGCGCCAUCUCGCCGCCGGCGGACCAGCGCGCCGCCUCCAGCGCCGCCCGCGCCGCCGCCUCCUCCCGGCCGCCCCAGCACGCUCCUAGCCAGCAGAGCAACGGCAACGGCGGUGCUGCCAACGGGGUUAACGGCGCUGCUGCCAACGGCGCUGCCAACGGCGCUGCCAACGGCGCUGCUGCCAACGGCGCUGCCAUCGGCGCCGCCAACGGCGCUGCCAACGGCGCUGCCAACGGCGCUGUGAACGGCAACAGCGGAGGUGUGAACGGCGUUCACGUGGUCGGCGUCAACGGCGUUGUCCCCGCCUUCACGCCGCCGUCGGAGCCAGUCGUCACUCCGGUCGCGCUAGCCGCGCCCUCCGCCGGCGCCGUGCACGCCGUGCAAGACGCCGCCAGUUUGCUGCUGCAUCAUCAGCCAGUCAUCUCAUUGCGUGAUCAGGCGCCGUGCACGCCGUGCAAGACGCCGCCAGUUUGCUGCUGCAUCAUCAGCCAGACGGCCCCGCCUCCAUCACGCUUGUCGGAGUCGGCGGCGGCGUCGCUGCUGUCCCUGGGCGAGGAGGGCUCUCCCCCCGACCUCGUCUUCAUCACGGCGGGGCUCGGCGGAGGCACCGGCUCCGGCGCCGCCCCCGUCGUCGCCGCUACCGCCAAGAGACUCGGCGCGCUCACUAUUGCCGUCGUGACUACCCCGUUCGCUUUCGAGGGGGCGGUGACGGAGACGCUGUACGCGGCCGACGAGGCGAUCCUCGGCAUCGCCUCCCUCCUCUCCUCCUCGCAGCUCAUCAACGUCGACUUCGCCGACCUGCGCGCCGUCAUUUCCGGCGCCGGCCUCGGCUUGGCCGCGCGGGCUGCGAUCUCCUCCCCGCUGCUGGACAUCGAGCUGCGGCAGGUGCGGGGGCUGGUGUACGCCGUGCAGGGCGGGCCGUCGGUGUCGCUGCCAGAGGUGCGGAGGGUGGGCGAUCUGCUGGCGGAGAUCGCGGCGGUGCGGAGGGUGGGCGAUCUGCUGGCGGAGAUCGCGGCGGUGCGGAGGGUGGGCGAUCUGCUGGCGGAGAUCGCGACGGUGCGGAGGGUGGGCGAUCUGCUGGCGGAGAUCGCGACGGUGCGGAGGGUGGGCGAUCUGCUGGCGGAGAUCGCGGCGGUGCGGAGGGUGGGCGAUCUGCUGGCGGAGAUCGCGGCGGUGCGGAGGGUGGGCGAUCUGCUGGCGGAGAUCGCGGCGGUGCGGAGGGUGGGCGAUCUGCUGGCGGAGAUCGCGGACGAGGACGCGCAAGCCGCGCGGGCUGCGAUCUCCUCCCCGCUGCUGGACAUCGAGCUGCGGCAGGUGCGGGGGCUGGUGUACGCCGUGCAGGGCGGGCCGUCGGUGUCGCUGCCAGAGGUGCGGAGGGUGGGCGAUCUGCUGGCGGAGAUCGCGGCGGUGCGGAGGGUGGGCGAUCUGCUGGCGGAGAUCGCGGCGGUGCGGAGGGUGGGCGAUCUGCUGGCGGAGAUCGCGGCGGUGCGGAGGGUGGGCGAUCUGCUGGCGGAGAUCGCGACGGUGCGGAGGGUGGGCGAUCUGCUGGCGGAGAUCGCGACGGUGCGGAGGGUGGGCGAUCUGCUGGCGGAGAUCGCGGCGGUGCGGAGGGUGGGCGAUCUGCUGGCGGAGAUCGCGGCGGUGCGGAGGGUGGGCGAUCUGCUGGCGGAGAUCGCGGCGGUUCGUUAG